AUGGAUCCCGGUCUUCCUGUAGAUACGGCGUCGACAUCAGCCGCCUCUACCUUCUCCCCAGGGACCGCUCCUCCCUCCGAGGGAUCUCUCGAGAGCGAAAACAGUACGGGCAAACGCCUCCUCUCCCACCGCCCUCGACAAACCCGCACCACAGGCAAGAAACGGCACAUCAAAUGCGAUGAAGCUAAGCCGUAUUGCAUGAACUGCCUCAAGACCCGCGGUGUCUGCGAUGGAUAUGCUGCGAAGCCGCGCAAGAACAGGAGCCGUGCCCUCCUCAAGGAGGUCGAGAGGCUGAACCCAGGGAACCCAUGCCGUCCAGGCAGUCCGCGUGGGCUUAUCAGGGAGCCCAACGUGAACACACUCGACUUCACCACCGACUUACAGAGCGUCUAUUUCAACGACUGGAACGAGCUGUUGCGCAGUUCGCUCGGCGGCGCGUCCUUCUCGAGGACGAAGCUGUGGACGACGACGAUACCCCAGCUCAGCCGCCAGAACCCCGCGCUGCGGCACGCGGCCAUCAGUAUCGGCGCCAUCAGCAGAGCGCUCUCCUCGCACAGCUCCUACGUCGUUGCGAGGAACUUCCACAACGUCGCCAACCUUUUGCAGAGCCCGCACUAUCAGAACGCCAUCGUCCACUACUGCAAGGCGCUGCGGCUCCAGGGCAAGGCCGACUUCCAGACGGCCAGCAUCCAGGAGGUGGUGCUGCUGUCCAUCCUUUUCGUGGCCUUUGAGGCCCUGCGCGGCAACCGGCACUCGGCACUCCAGCACGUCAAGUUCGGCUUCAUGAUGCUGCACGAGCUCUUGAUCAGCGAAGACUCGGAACAGCUGAUCUGGAACCUCGCACCGGACCCGAGGCAGCUCGUCACCGAGGUCUUGGAGAUGUACACCCAGCUCGACGUGCAGAGCCGCACGGUACUCAGCGGCCGCGUCGCGUCGAGCCGCUCGCCCGCCUACGAGCUCGCCCAGGGCCUCAAAGCCCGCGGGCACACGAUCGAGACGUACAACAUGCAGAUCCAGCGAUACACCGACCCCGGGGACUGGAGGAAGGACAUGCCGGAGGUGUUCAACGACGCCGACGACGCGUACGCGUGGUGGAAGACCUGCCAGGCACGCAUUGCCAAGCUGGCCCCCCUCCUUCUGAACGUCGUCGACGAUAUCAAGUUUGGGGACAUCAAGGACGAGCAAGACAUCGACCGCGCCCUCGAGCUGAUACAGAACCAGCCGGAGCUGCUGGCGUACUGCGAGAAGUCCGUCGCGAACCUGCAGCAGUGGCGGCAAUCCUUCGAGCCGCUGUACAACAGGACGCUGUCCGACCCCAACGUCCCCAGGAAGGAGUACCUGAGACUGCUGCACAUGAGGAUGCACUACCUCGUCCUGCUCCUGUACAGCUUCUUCCCGAGGUACGCCGACGAGGCGACCAUCGCGUCCAUGACGCCGUACUGCCGCGAGGUCAACGACGUGGUGGAGAUACUCCUCCGCGAGCAGCAGAAGGACAUCAAGUCGGCCGCGCACAUCUUCUCGAUGGACUUUGGGCUCGCGUGGCAGCUGACCAUCGUGGCCAUGACGUGCCGCGACCCGCUCGUGCGGGACAACUCGACGCGCAUCCUCGAGGCGUACCCGAGGCGCGAGGGGCUGUGGGACAGCGUGGCGUUCCUGGCGGUGCUGCGGAAGAACCGGGAGCUGGAGGCGGAGAACGCACGCGAGGGCACGCCGGCGGAGCAGUGGCGGCGGCUGUGCCGGCGGGAGUUCGUCUUCGAGGACGCCGGGGAGACCAUCAUCUUCCGCUCGCUCAAGAAGGACGGGGCCACGGGCAAAUGGGACCUCGUCGAGGAGGCGGCCGAGUUCAAAGGCAAGGCCGAGGGGUUGGAGUGGAAGACGCGGCCGCUGAGCGUGCCGGGUUUCAUGAUGAGCAAUGCGAUAUUGGACGAUUGUGCUUCGAGGACGUGA